CAGUGGUGCGGACGAGCGGACUCCGGGACUAUUGGAGUUGACGCCUCUCGGCGCAGAGGACGGAGCAAGGCCGCAGGCUUCCCCCCCUCUCCCCUCACGUUUCCACUGAAAAUGUUCUGAUCUACACGGCGCCGCAGCUUUUACUUUAUUGACGAAACAAGCGCAGGUUGUCGGUGGUUAAAAACAUGUUGAGGGCGUCGAGGAAAGUGGCUCCGCCGUUAAAGAAGUGCCUUUGUGGUAAAUCACAGCUCCGUCCUUUGCAGCAGUACCGUGGAUAUAAAACUGGGAGUAAUGCUGGCGCUACAGUGGGCAAAAUUGUAGGAGGAAGUAUCCUGUUUAUUGGAGGUGGCCUUGGUGGCACUUUAUUAUAUGCAAAGUGGGAUCCCAAAUUUCGUAAGAAUGUAGAGAAAACCGUCCCAUACUCUGAAAAAGUGUUUGAAUUAACCCUUGGGCCUGCAUCGUUUGUCAUGCCUCCAAAGAAACAGGAAAUUGAGGGACCAUUGAAAAUAUCAACGACCGCUGAAGUGUUGAAAGAUUCCAAACAGCCGAAAACCAGGCGUAAUAAAGAUAAAGAAGCUUUACCGAUUGAAGGAGGAACUAAUACUGAAUCAUAUGCGUCGACAGAUGCCGCUGCAAUUAUUUCUGCUGUUGGUGAUGCCCCUUCCAUACCUGCUCCCGUGGUCCAAGUUGAACUCGAUGUUUACGAGGAGAGUUCAGAAAUUACGAGUGAGCAUAAAAUGAAACACACAAAUGAUAAAAGCUGUGAUUGUAAAAAUGACGGCCCGAAGGGGCAACGCAUAGAAGAACGUUCGCCUGAUGAGGUGGCAAAACAUCUAAUUCAGAAAGAUUUGGAGGAGCAUGCUAAAGUUGAAGCAAUAGCAUCAACGUUGGAGGAUGCUCUUGGCAGGAGUGCCCAAGUAACACUCCAGGCAAUUGAAGCUCAAGAUUCAGCAAUUGAAGCCAUUACCUCUCAUUCUAGGAGGUUGAAGGAAGCCAUGGACGAAUCUGAGCAUUCUGCAGACCGAAAGUCGGAACAGUGGCGAGCUUUGGACAAUGCUCUAAUCACUCGCAGCAAGUUUGUGGACCGAGCAUCGGAUGCUCUGUCGAAGGCCAAAGAAGAGUUGGAUAAUCUUCGGAAUACAAUUGAAGAAGCUAAGCAGACUCAGAUCAGUUCUGUUAGACCACAACUUCUGGCUGCUGAAGAAAAUCUUAACCACAUGAUAAUGGAUCUGGAUGAUGUAGUAAAGAAGGUUGAGGCGGCUCAAUCAGAGGCCAAAAUAGUUGUUCAGUACAGUGAGCUGGUGGCUAUGGCCAGGGAUGAAUUCAGGAAAGAACUGGAAAGUAUCACUCCCGAUGUACAACCUGGCUGGAAAAAUCUCACUGGCCAGCUGAGCACUGACGACCUUAACUCACUGAUUGCCCACGCACAUCGUCGCAUUGACCAGUUGAACAAAGAACUGGCUGAACAGCGUGUUCGGGAGAAGCAACGCAUUGAAAUUGCACUUGAGCACCAGAAACUGGAGAAUAAGAGAGCUUUGGAAAUGGCAGUGACAAAAGCUCUGGAGCAUUAUCGAUCAGAAAGGCUUCUGGAACAGGACAAAAAGAUUGAAGAAGUACGAGAAGUGAUGGAGGUAGAGAUGCGAACCCAACUCCGCAGGCAAGCUGGUGCUCACACUGACCAUUUGAGAGAUGUAUUGAAGGUUCAGGAACAGGAAUUCAGAGGCAAAUAUAAGGAGGAGCUGCAACAGAAAUUAUCUGAAUACGAGAUUCAGUACAGACGCUUAUCUCAGGAACAACUGGACAACUUUACCAUAGAGAUGAAUACAGCUCAUUCCAGACUGAAGGGUAUUGAACAGGCAAUGGAGAGUCAUUCUAUUGCAGAAGAGGAGGCUAGAAAGGCACAUCAGCUGUGGCUCUCUAUCGAAGCUCUGCAGUUCGCACUGAAAACGUCCUCUGGUGACAGCCCGACAGAACCCCUACAGAAUGCUGUGGAAGCCAUUACUAAGAGCUGUGAAGAUGAUAAGUUCACCCAGGCUUUAGCUGGAGCUCUACCCCAAGAGUGCCUGUCCCGUGGGGUGUACAGUGAAGAAGCAUUACGCCACCGGUUCUACACAGUACGGAAAAUAGCAAGGCGCGUGGCCAUGAUAGACGAGACGAGAAAUAGUCUGUUUCAAUACUUCCUCUCUUAUCUGCAGUCCGUUCUAUUAAUGGAGCCCCGUGUAGCAAAGCCACCUGAGGAACUUCACCUUGAAGACCUGGACACAUUUAAACUAUUAUCAUAUGCCUCAUUCUACAUUGAACACGGCGACCUCGAGCUUGCAGCUAAAUUUGUCAAUCAGCUUCGUGGAGAACCGAGAAGGGUAGCACAAGAUUGGCUGACAGAGGCUCGUCUAACCCUGGAAACAAAGCAAAUAAUAGAAAUCCUUUCAGCUUAUGCCAAUGCUGUGGGUUUGGGUACCACACAAGUAGAAUAAUCCAACAGAAGGCAGGCCACAGACCUUACCGCGGCAGAAAAAUGGACUUCAACCCCAUAAGCACUAUUCUGUAAGCACUAUUACUGACUUCACUGUUCCAGUGUAAUUCCAGCCAAUGGUACAAUGAAGUAAAAUGUUGGGAAUGUGUCUGUAAUUUGGUAUUAUAGUUUUAUGGAUUGGACUUUGUAUUUGAACCAAAUAAUCAUUUCAGCUCAAUGUAUGUUGAUUUUCUUCCCCCUUCGGAUGCAUAUCAAUAAAACCAAAUUAAACACUGA